AUGAUUGCUUUACAAGCCGAAAGAGGGAUCAUGGUAAACUCAACUCAGAUUUCAUACUUCACAUUAAAUGCCUAUUUUGACAGAGGUGAUUUAAGAUAUUUAUAUUUUGUGGUUAUUAUGUCUCUAUAUGUUUUCAUAGUUUGUGCCAAUUUAUUUCUCAUUGCGGUGAUCUGCAUGAACAGAAGCCUACACGAACCUAUGUACCUGUUUCUGUGCAGCCUGUUUGUAAAUGAACUGUAUGGUAGCACAGCGUUGUUUCCAUUCCUUCUGCUUCAGAUCCUCUCCGACAUUCACACUGUUUCUACUUCACUUUGUUUCCUGCAGAUUUUCUCUGUGUAUACAUAUGGAAGUGUAGAAUUUUUAAAUUUAGCCGUCAUGUCUUAUGACAGAUACCUCGCUAUAUGUUAUCCUCUACAAUAUAAAACACGUAUGACACAUAACAAGGUUUCUAUGCUAAUUGCUUUAAGUUGGUUAUCCUCUUUUCUUGAAGUUGUUGUUUUGAUAUCCUUAAUCAUCCCGUUACAGCUGUGUGGGAACAUUAUUGACAAAGUUUACUGUGGCAACUAUUCCAUCGUUAAACUGGCCUGUUCUGACACAACAGUCAAUAACAUCUAUGGACUCGUUGCAACUUCUCUUACAAUCAUCAUUCCUCUAAUUUUAAUCCUGUACACUUACAUGAGGAUUCUCAAAGUUUGUUUUUCUGGUUCCAAGCAGACCAGGCAAAAAGCCGUCAGUACCUGCACACCUCACCUUGCUUCGCUGCUCAACUUCUCUUGUGGGUGUUUCUUUGAGAUUGUACAGAGCAGAUUUAAUAUGAAGAGUGUCCCCAACAUGUUGCGAAUAUUUUUAUCAUUGUAUUUUCUUACAUGCCAGCCGCUCUUUAAUCCUGUAAUGUAUGGACUGAAUCUGUCCAAAAUCCGUACCAUAUGUAAAAGUCUGGUCUUUGCCAAAAUGUGGGAUAUCUAA